UACAUAAUCAUCAAAAUGGAAUCACAUCAUUACUACGUGGAUCAUUAACUUUCACAAAUGCCAUGUACUUUUGUUAAUUUCAUUUAAGAAUCUUCGUAACUCUUCAAUUGUUGUAAAAAUAUUUAAAUCUUCAACUUUUUACUGUUUUUAAUAGUGAUUAUUGUUUUGUGGUUCCUAAACUUAUGUGAACUUUCUUAAAAAGUUAAUAUCUUCCGGUGGGAGAGCAGAAACCAAACCAGAGCUAGAGUAGUAGAACACACGAGGAAUCGUGUUGUGUGGAAAUCUUUUCAGUGUCGUCUUAGUGCUAAAUAUUGACAAUACAAUCGAAUAUAAAAUGGCCAAUAACGUAGCACCAGAUUCUUGGGAGACUCAGGCCGAUGCAGCUCCUGGAGAUGCCCCAGAUCCGAACGAUAUGUCGGCAAAGUUUUCCACGUUGAAUGUAAAUGCAGCCGAAUUUGUGCCUUCUUUUUCUUUUAUUCCUUCACAGACGGAUUCUAAUCCUCAAGUAGAAAAUGUGGAGACUUCGUCAGACACUCCUGUUACCAAUGGAGUACCAGUGGUGGAGGUGGAGGGAGACCGAGAGCCCCCGGGGGCCCCGAGCCCCACUCCUCCUGCCGACGCCCCCGCCGCGGACAGCUGGGAGGCGGCGGAUGACAGUGACCCACUGCCUCCACUCCUCACACCUGAGGAGGAUGAGGAAUUAGAUGAGCUUGAGGAAGAAAUUGUCAUUAAGCCCAAAAAGAAGCCUAAGAGUAGCUCGGAAGAAUUAAAAAGCAAGAAGGAACAUGUCAACGUAGUCAUCAUUGGACAUGUCGAUGCUGGAAAGUCCACUAUUGGAGGACAGAUUAUGGCAUUGACCGGGAUGGUGGACAAACGGACGCUGGAGAAAUAUGAGCGAGAAGCGAAGGAGAGAAGUAGAGAAUCCUGGUACCUGUCAUGGGCCCUUGACACCAACCAGGAAGAGAGAGAGAAGGGGAAGACAGUUGAAGUAGGAAGAGCUUACUUUGAGACAGAUAAGAAACAUUUCACUAUUUUGGAUGCUCCUGGACAUAAGAGUUUUGUGCCAAACAUGAUCGGUGGAGCCGCACAAGCUGAUCUGGCAGUUCUUGUGAUAUCGGCACGGAAAGGUGAGUUUGAGACGGGUUUCGACAGAGGUGGCCAGACGAGGGAGCAUGCCAUGUUGGCCAAAACAGCAGGCGUGAAGCACCUCAUGGUCCUCAUCAACAAAAUGGAUGACCCAACUGUGGAAUGGUCAGAGGAGAGGUACAACGAAUGUAAGGAGAAGAUACUGCCUUACCUGCGGAAACUGGGGUUCAAUCCGGCUAAGGACCUCACGUUCAUGCCUGUCUCCGGACAGACCGGACAGGGACUCAAGGACCAACUUGAGGAGAGUGUAUGCCCAUGGUACAGAGGGGACCCUUUCAUUACGUUUAUCGACAACCUGCCGUCACUUAACCGCAAGAUGGAUGGACCAUUCCUCAUGCCGGUGCUGGAGAAGUACAAGGACAUGGGAACGGUGGUCAUGGGAAAAGUGGAGAGUGGUGAGAUGAAGAAAGGCCAGUCUCUUAUCCUCAUGCCAAAUAGGACACCAGUGGUGGUAGAUCAGCUGUGGUCAGAUGAUGAAGAAGUGACGUCAGUAGGCCCUGGAGAAAACAUCAAGGUUAAGCUGAAAGGUAUUGAAGAGGAGGAUGUGUCACCUGGGUUUGUCCUGUGUGACCCAAGUGCCCCAGCACGUACCGGACGCAUAUUUGAUGCCCAGGUAGUGAUUCUGGAACACAAGAGCAUCAUUUGUGCAGGCUACUCAGCUGUCAUGCACAUUCACUGUGUAGCUGAGGAGGUCACCGUUAAAGCCUUAAUAUGUCUGAUUGACAAAAAGACUGGAGAGAAGUCAAAAACUAGGCCUCGCUUUGUGAAACAAGACCAGGUGGCCAUUAUGAGGAUAGAGUGUGCGGGGGUCAUCUGUCUCGAGCAGUUCAAACUUUUCCCUCAAAUGGGCAGAUUUACGCUGAGAGAUGAAGGCAAAACUAUAGCUAUCGGUAAAGUGCUGAAGGUAGUCGAAUAGAAGAGAAUCGACUGAGUACAACAGCAGAGUCCAUCUUCUUGUCCAACUACUUGUUUCCACAGUGAAUCAAUUUUGUUCCAUUCGUAAUUGAAAUCAGAUCUUUGUAGCUUGGCUUUUAUUUAUCUGUAUAAAUAAUUUACAAUCCAAAAAAAGUUUCAUAUAAUCUGUUUCUACUCGGUUUUUAAAUACAGCUUAAAAAUUGCCAGUUUGUAGUUACAUUUUUAGGAAGUAAUAAAAUAUUCCCACAAUUUUAUCUACAGUGAAUAGCAACAUCUUUUAAUAUUUAGUAAAUUGUUUUAUUAAUUAAAACAAAUGUUUACUUCAUUAUUUUUCAUACAUUUUAUUAUUUUUAUAAUAAUUUCUUUUUAUUGAUGCUAGUGAAAACUGAAUUUUCAAAUAGGUUGAAAAUCUUGAGGCUGUUUUGAAUAUAGUUUUACUGAUAUUUAAUCUAUUUUUUACUAGUUUUGAUAGGGAUGAACCCUUUUGAAAUGCUCCACUAUUAAUUCUCUACUUUUGUGCGUUCAUGAAAUAUUUUUGCUAUGUAAAUGUUAAGGUAAAACUAUAUUUGGAAUUAAAGUAAAUGAUUUUGCACACUCAAAAUCUGUUUCGUUAUCUUAACAUAUAAAUUGUUCCAUUUAAAUUGUUUAUAUCUUAAAUUUAACAUUAUUGGUCAAUAAUGUUUUUAGCUUCUCAUCUUGUAUGUAAUAUUCCACAAGUUAUUUUCUAAACUUUAUAUAUAUAUAUAUAUAUAUAUAUAUAUAUUUACACAUAAAAUACAGUAGUGACAUUUUAGUUCACAUAAUAACAACUAAUUUGAUGGUUUUGAUACUGUGUAAUCUACUUUAGUAUUGUAUAUUUUGCAUUGGAUAAUCUGGUUAAGACGUAUUGUGAAUCUUCAUGUCCACAGUUGGGUCUGUUGCAUAUUUUUGCUUAAGUCAGUUGGAGGAGCAGAUGGCACCUGUUGCUUGGACAUAACUUAGUUAAAAUAACAUAUGAAACAUAAUAUAAGUUAAAGAAAUUUAUACAUAAUAUGAAGUUGUUACGUGGUAUGGGAUGGGACGUGAACCUCCAUGUUUAUCCAUUAACUAAUGUUGAUUUAUUUACCUUCUGUUUUGUUGAUGUUUUCGUUUGUAAGCUGUUGGUCAAUGUAUGUAUAUAUCUGCUUGGGUUGGAGAUGUGAGGAUACGUAUAAUAACGACUGUUUUAUUUUCAUUUGUCAUUAUGAACAGUUUUAAGUUUAAGUUGCGAUUUAAUCUAGCAGCGCACAGUGUUUGUUGAUAAUAGGUAAAUAACGGUCUACGUGCCUACAAUUCCUAAAGUAAAUUAUCAGUGAAAAUAACUAAGCUAGUAAUGUGUUUUAAAUUUUUUACUAGGUUUAAUUAAGCUUCCUCCUCCUUGUUAUCAAUCAUUUUAUGUAGGCCUUCAAAGAAGCUAUUUAGAGAUUUUUUUUGUAAACCAGCAUUUUAUAUAUAAUUAUUAAGUCUCAAUUGUAAAAAUAUCAUUAGAAUUCCUAAACCUUCAUGAAACCGAUACAAGAUUUGUAGUCGUUCAACUAUUAUAACUGUUAUUGUACACUAUACAAAAUUUUAUACUGUUAGUUUUAGUUCAUAGGCAUAGGGAAAACAGUUUGUUGCAAUAAAUAGAGAUUUCCACAUUUUUUGUUUACAUUUAAAAAAAUUAGCUGUACAUUUACAAAAAAGCUUUUUAAAUUGAUAUGAAAUUAUACAAUAUUAAAAAUACACUUAAGUUCUCCAUUUUGAGUAGAAAAUCAAAAACAAAAUUGCCAAAAACUUUAGUUAAAAAAUAGUAUUAACAAAAAAUGUAAAUGAAUUUGUGCUCUUUAUUUUUAAAUUAAUCUUUCAAAUUAUUCUACAGAAGAAAGCAAAUAAAAUCAAACAAUUGGGAAAUUAAUGUGUGAAAUAGGCAUUUAUUCUAUCUCUUGCUGGCCUACUAUGAAAGAAUUUGAACAAUAAGGUUAUCUUGAACCUUUAGGUGCACAGAUGAAUUAUUUUGUCUGUCUUCCAUUGGAUAAUGUUAUAGUUUCCAGUUACAAUUCUAGUAUUUAAUCUGUUAAUCUGUUUUUAUGUUAGUUAGACAAAUAGCGAGGUUUAGGCAAACUAAACAAUUCUAAAGUCUAGAUUUUUCCGAAUAGAAGACUAUUUUUUAAUUAAAAUUUUUAUAACACCUAAUAAAUACUCAACUACGUACUAUGACCGGUUACGAAAUAGGCAGAUACAAUUUUUUAAUAUAAGCGGCUAUAUUAUUUAUUGUCAAUUGUAAUGUCGAGAUUAAUUUAAUUAUAAUAUUAUAAUUUGUAUAUUAUGCAAUUUAGUAAUUUAUCUAUUGAUUUAUAUAGUGACGUGGGAACCCACAGAUGUCGGUGCUUUCUCCAAGUAGAAGCACUUUUGUAUAUAAGGUAUAGAUUGUGAGAUCCAUUGAUAUGUAAUAUACAGGUCAUCGUUUUCUGCUUCGUUGUACACUGUGGUUGGUGGGUUCUUCGAGGCCUCUCUACUCCAUGUUACUACAAGUCGAGUGAUCAAUAUGGUUUAUAAAUUUUUUUGUGUGAAGUUUUUUUAUGUAAAAUAAAGACUAUUUUCAAUCA